AUGGCCUCUCACCUUAACUGGAUGCUUAUUAAAAAUACCCAUUGCUAUCUAAUGAAACGAAAUGGGGAACAAUUUAGCCGUGAUCCUCUCAACUUAAAGGGCAAAAAUUGUUUUAAAUACUGUGGCCUUGUCCACAAGAAGGCUAUGGGUAUUAAGCAAGAAAAGGGAGGUAAAGGCGUUUAUUUCCUUACCAAAAAGGCCGGCUAUGAUCACAAACCCAGGCAAGCUAUUGUGCGAACAAAUUUCGUUCGGGGGAAUCGCCGAACCCUUCAGAAGAUCCGUAAUUUCGUCGUUGGGAACAAGUACCGUCGUGAGCUUAAAAUGCUUGCUCUACGUCGUGCCAGCGCAGUUCUUCAAAGCAACAAAAGAAAGCCCGCCCCCGUGGAGAAGGAAAAGAAGGAGUAA